CUACUGUAUGACUAGAGAACACUGCAACAACACUGCCUUGGAUACAGAUGCUAGCUUUUAAAAACAAGGAACCACAUUACAAGGUACAAGAUAAAGAAAAAUGCGGAGAGACUUGAAAAAGCAGUACAAACACCAGAAUGUUCCACGAAUACCCCGAAUUCAAGUCCCUGCAGUGGCUGCUGACAAUUCAUUACUGAAGGACCUAAAUCAAGGGCAGCGGUGCUACUUGUACAGCAUCAUGAGGAUUUAUGACUCCAGGCCCCAGUGGAAGGCCCUGCAGACCCGCUACAUUCACAGCCUUGGGUACCAACAGCAUCUGGGUUAUAUCACGCAACAGGAGGCCUUGUCUUGUGCUGCUGUACUGAGACAUUCAACCAUUCGAGCCUCAGCCACCGUUGUUCCUCAAAGGACUAUUCUCCCCAAAGUUUUCAACCAUGCAAAGAAAGUGUCAAUCAGCAAAACCAGAGUUUAGAGUUGGAUCCCGGGCCCCACUACAGCAUGCUGAGCAUCAAGACCUUAGACAGGGCACAGUCUCUGAAGUGGGCAGCUCAUCUGUGUAUUCUUGGCAUUUUAGUGGGUGCUUGGUAUGUGUUUCUUGGAUGACAAUGAAUAAAAGACUAAUAAUACAAACUCUAGAAGUACAAAUAAUUCCUUUUCCACAUAAAUGCUGCCAAUAAGAACAGGUUGGAAGAUUUGAAAGCUAUUGAGCAGAGAAUGAGCAAGCUUUAGCACAAAUAAUCUGUAAAAAUAAAUGGACUUUCAAAGCUUUCAAUAUAAAAGCUUCUUAUGAGUUCCAUUCUCCCAGAGAAAUCUGCAGAACAGUCAAAGGGAACAAGGGACAGCACCUCUAGCUCUGGGUGAUCACUGCCCAUUGUCCAUCUGAAAUACAUGAACCAACACAGUCAAUACAGAUUAUAGAGGUUUCUGGAGUCACGCUGUUAGUAAUAAGUGCCAUGUGCCUCUUCCUAUCCCUAUCCCAACCAAGCAAUAAUAUUUACAGUGGUCCUACAGUUUCUAGUUCUAGACUGACUCGAUCAUUUUGUGUCAUUUUGAAAUUUGUGCUUAUCAGCCCAUUACUGCCAGGAAGAUCCUAUACAGCUGUAAUUGGCCUUGACAUGGAUAAGAUAAUUCAUGCGCACACCUGCCCCUGGCAGUCACAAACACUCUCAGCAGAACAGAAAAUAGCCCCAAAGAAUUGAUCUCAUGUCUUAUCUCUGAGGAUUUUAAGAAUGAAUACAAGACCAUGCAAAUGAGCAAAUAAUGAGAUAACUGCCAGGCAGGUCUCUCUGCAAAUGGUACAGUCAUAUUAGUUAUGUUUACUAGUUACUUUCUUCACUAACAAGUUUCUUAUGUGUACCAAAAUUAGUGAUCCCAUACUAAGUCAAGUUAAAAAACCGGUCACUUCCUUAUCUUUGGUUUUUAAAAAUGUCAUUCAUGUCAACCAGUGACUAUCACCACAUGAAUAAAUUGAUUGGGAGUCACCACAUGAAUAAAUUGAUUGGGAUAGAACUUAGUUGACAAGAGAGAUGGAACAUUCAUCUGAAAGGAAGAUGUCACAACAUUACCAGACCCUUUUCUGGCCAAACCCAGAAAGAACCAAAAUCCUUUAAACCCUCAUUGGUGAUGAUUGUCUUCGCUCUAUAUCCAUUAACAUAAAAGUUAUAAAAUCUGUCAAAGGGUUCUGAAGACUCUCAUUGUAGAGUUUACAAUUCUAUCUGAUCUUUUUUGGGUGUGGCAAGAGAUAUGGUUGUCCCACCAGUCCAUCAGGAAGUCUUGGGAAAGCAGUACUCACCUUUGACCAGAUGGAGACUAUUCUUCUAUAGCUCAUACUGUCCAUCAUCAACAGGGGAGACUAAUCAUGAAGAAUCCUCUUGACAACAGCAAAUCCUGCACUGACUCAAGUACUCUAAGUAGACCACACUGUUAAACUUAAGGGGUUGUCAGGUAAGCUUUUAAAAAAAUCAAGUACAACGGAGGUGAAUUAUGAGGUAACUCUUGGAAGUGACAUAGGAUGGGGGCAGCCCUAACAGUCUACACUAACCCUCUCGUUUCCACACGUGCCUUUAAUCUCUGUGAACUGCUGACAUGUACUUUAUCAUGGACUGCUUUUGUAAUUUGAUUGGCCUAGGUCCCUGCUGAGUGAGCAUUAGCUCCUGGUACAGAAUAACAAGAAUAACAAGCAGGUAGGGUCUGUGCUGCAACCUUGAAUCCAAAAAAAAAAAC